AUGCAUAAUUAUAAUGAUAAUGUCAAGAGUCAUCACAACAAGGUUACUCACGCUGAGGGCAAGGUACCUCACACUGAGGACAAGGUUCCUCACGCUGAGAACAUGGUACCUCACAUUGAGGACAAGGUGCCUCAUUCUGAGGACAAGUUUCCUCACGCUGUGGACAAGAUUCCUCACGCUGAGGGCAAGGUUCCUCAUUGUGAGGACAAGGUAUCUCACGUUGAGGGUAAGGUUCCUCAAGCUGAGGACAAGGUACCUCACCCUUAGGCCAAGGUACCUCACGCUGAGGACAAGGUCCUCACGCUGAGGACAAGGUUCGUCACGCUGAGGACAAGGUUCCUCACGCUGAGGGCAAGGGGCCUCACACUGAGGGCAAGGUACCUCACACUGAGGACAAGGUUCCUCACGCUGAGAACAUGGUACCUCAUAUUGAGGACAAGGUACCUCAUUCUGAGGACAAGGUUCCUCACGCUGUGGACAAGUUUCCUCAUGCUGAGGGCAAGGUUCCUCAUUGUGAGGACAAGGUAUCUCACGUUGAGGAUAAGGUUCCUCAAGCUGAGGACAAGGUACCUCACACUGAGGACAAGGUACCUCACGCUGAGCACAAGGUCCUCACGCUGAGGACAAGGUUCCUCACGCUGAGGACAAGAUUCCUCACGCUGAGGGCAAGGGGCCUCACACUAAGGACAGGAUUCUCACACUGAGGACAAGGUUCCUCACGCUGAGGACAAGGUUCCUCAAGCUGAGGACAAGGUACCUCACGCUGAAGACAAGGUUCCUCACGCUGAGGAGAAGGUCUUUCAAGCUCAGGACAAGGUACCUCACACUGAGGAAAAGGUACCUUACACUGAGGAGAAGGUACCUCACACUGAGUACAAGGUAGCUCACACUGAGGACAAGGUACCUCGCACUGAGGACAAGGUUCUUCACGCAGAGGACAAGGUUCCUCACGAUGAGGACAACUUUUCUCACGCUGUGGACAAGGUACCUCACACUGAGGACAAGGUUCCUCAAAUUGAUGACAAGGUACCUCACACUGAGGACAAGGUCCUUCCUGAUGAGGACAAGGUUCCUCACGCUGUGGAAAAGUUUCCUCACGUUGAGGACAAGGUUCCUCACGCUGAGCACAGGGUUCCUCAAGCUGAGGACAAGCUACUUCACAUUGAGGACAAGGUACCUCACACUGAGGACAAGGUACCUCAGACUGAGGACAAGGUUCCUCACGCUGAGGACAAGGUUCCUCACGCUGAGGAAAAGGUACCUCAAACUGAGGACAAGGUUCUUCAAACCGAGGACAAGGUAUCUCACACUGAGGACAAGGAUCCUCACGCUGAGGACAAUGUUCCUAACGCUGAGGAAAAAUUACCUCACAUUGAGGACAAGGUCCCUCAAGCAGAGGACAAGGUUCCUCGCACUGAGGACAAUGUUCCUCACACUGAAGACAAGGUUCCUCACACUGAGGACAAGGUUCCUCACGCUGAGGACAAGGUUCCUCACUCUGAGGACAAGGUUACUCACGAUGAGGGCAAGGUACCUCACACUGAGGACAAGGUUCCUCACGCUUUGAACAAGGUACCUCACAUUGAGGACAAGGUACCUCAUUCUGAGGACAAGGUUCCUCACGCUGUGGACAAGUUUCCUCACGCUGAGGGCAAGGUUCCUCAUUGUGAGGACAAGUUACCUCACGCUAAGGACAAGGUUCCUCUGGCUGAGGACAAGAUACCUCACGCUGAGGACAAGGUACCUCACGCUAAGGACAAGGUUCCUCUGGCUGAGGACAAGAUACCUUACGCUGAGGACAAGGUUCCUCACGCUGAGGACAAGGUUCAUCACGCUGAGGACAAGGUUCCUCACUCUGAGUACAAGGUUCCUCAAGCUGAGGACAAGAUACCUCACACUCAGGACAAGGUACUUCACACUCACGACAAGGUUCUUGACGCUGAGUGAAGGUUCCUCACACUGACGACAAGGUUCCUCACGCUGAGGACAACGUCCUUAUGCUGAGAACAAGGUUCCUCAUGCUGAGAACAAGUUUCCUCACGCUGAGCACAAGUUACCUCACGCUGAGGACAAGGUACCUCACACUGAGGACAAGUUACCUCACGCUAAGGACAAGGUUCCUCUGGCUGAGGACAAGAUACCUCACGCUGAGGACAAGGUACCUCACGCUAAGGACAAGGUUCCUCUGGCUGAGGACAAGAUACCUUACGCUGAGGACAAGGUACCUCACACUAAGGACAAGGUUCCUCUCGCUGAAGACAAGGUACCUCACGUUGAGGACAAGGUUCCUCACGCUGAGGACAAGGUUCGUCACGCUGAGGACAAGGUUACUCAUGCUGAGGACAAGGUACCUCACACUGAGGACAAGGUACCUCACACUGAGGACAAGGUACCUCACACUGAGGGCAAGGUACAUCACACUGAGGACAAGAUACCUCACACAGAGGACAAGGUUCCUCACGCUGAGGACAAUGUUCCUCAUUGUGGCGACAAGGUAACUCACACUGAGGAGGUUCCUCAAGCGGUGGACAAGGUACCUCACUCUGACGACAAGGUACCUCACACUUGGGACAAGGUUCCUGACGCUGAGGACAAGAUUCCCAAAGCGGAGGACAAGGUACCUCAAUCUGAGGACAAGGUACCUUACACUAAGGACAAAGUUCCUCUCGCUGAGGAGAAGGUUCCAAACGCUGAAGACAAGGUUCCUUACGCUGAGAACAAGGUUCCUCACGCUGAGGACAAUGUUACUCACCCUGAGGACAAGGUACCUCACACUGAGGACAAGGAUUCUCAAGAUGAGGACAAGGUACCUCAUCCUGAGGACAAGGUACCUCACACUGAGGGCAAGGUACCUCACCCUGAGGACAAGGUACCUCACACUGAGGACUAGGUUUCUCACGCUGAGGACAAUGAUCCUCAUUGUGGGACAAGGUACCUCACACUGAGAACAAGGUACCUCAAGCUAAGGCCAAGGUACCUCACAAUGAGGACAAGGUACCUCACACUGAGGACAAGGUUCCUGACGCUGAGGACAAGGUUACUCACGCUGAGGACAAGGUUCUUCACGCUGACGACAAAGUUCCUCAAGCUGAGGACAAGGUACCUCACACUGAGGACAAGGUACCUCGCACUGAGGACAAAGUUCCUCACGGUGAGGACAAGGUUCCUCACGAUGAGGACAAGGUGCCUCACGUUGAAGACAAGGUUGCUCAGGCUGUGGACAAGGUUCCUCACGUUGAGGCCAACGUACCUCACACUGAGGACAAAGUAGGUCACACUAAGGACAAGGUUCCUCUCGCUGAGGACAAGGUUCCUCACGCUGAGGACAAGGUUGCUCCCGCUGAGGACAAGGUCCCUCACGCAGAGGACAGGGUUCCUCAUGGUAAGGACAAGGUACCUCACACUGAGGACAAGGUUCCUCAAGCUGAGGACAAGGUACCUUACACUGAAAACAAGGUACAUCACACUGACGACAAGGCUCCUCACGCUUAGAACACGGUUCCUCACGCGGAGGACAAGGUUGCUCACGCUGACAACAAGGUUUCUGACGUCGAGGACAAGGUACUUCACACUGAGGACAAAGUACGUCGCACUCAGGACAAGGUACCUCACAAUGAGUGCAAGAUACCUCACACUGAGGACAAGGUUCCUCACGCUGACGACAAGGAUGCUCAGGCUGAGGACAAGGUUCCUCACGUUGAGGACAAGGUUGCUCACGCUGAGGACAAGGUUCCUCACGUUGAGGACAAGGUACCUCACACUGAGGACAAGGUACCUCACACUGAGGACAAAGUACCUCACACUGAGGACAAGGUACCUCACACUGAGGACAAGAUACCUCACACUGAGGACAAGGUUCCUCACGCUGAGGACAAGGUUCCUCACGCUGAGGACAAGGUUCCUCACGCUGAGGACAAGAUUCCUCACGCUGAGGACAAGGUUCCUCAAGCUGAGGACAAGGUAACUCACACUGAGGACAAGGUACCUCGCACUGAGGACAAAGUUCCUCACGAUGAGGACAAGGUUCCUCACUAG